UAAGCGACUAUGAGCUGCUAAUGCUACCCAAUGGGACGGGGCGCGCCAAGGACUUCGAACACGCUCGCCCCGUCACCCUUAGCAGCGUGACCCAGCGAGACUUCAAGACUAAGGUGCUCGUCGAGGCCGGGUCGAAGGUCGUGGUCAACGUCUCGCUAGAACUGGACCAAGAGAAUUUCCUGACCAUCAGAGCGGUCGACGCCCAAGGCCACAGGGGGGAAGUGUCCAAUGUGGUCACACUGAGUUUCGCUCGGGACAUUACAAGCGUCGCCCUCACCGAGGUAACCACGGAGACCUUGGGCCUCAGCAGCACAGCUGACUUUGUGAGUACCAGCGCCAGUACCAGUGAUCCCAGAAAUAACUUGGAUCGCACCAAGGACAAGAGUGACAGCGUUAACGGUACAGGGGCCAGCGGUCACAGUGAUCACAGUGCAAGAAAUAUAGAGAGAGGCACUAUAAAGGUGGUGGUCAUUGUUUUGUUUGUGUCAAUGUGCUUGGUAACGAUAGCUGUCUGUUGUGCAGUGCACUACUACCGCAGGAAGGGAAACUGGAUACCGAAGUAAACAUCAGUUAACAUGCAGAUGGAAAAAUGUCAUUGAUCAGUGUACCGGUGUUUUGUAUUU